GCUGAGCUGUGGGCAUGGCUCUUGCUGUGGGCCAGCACUGUUUGUAGACCUGCCAGCGGUCUGCCCCAGCACUCAGUCACGGCAGAGCGUGAUGUUGUGCUGCUUUCAGUAUCCUGUGAGAUUUAAUCCGUGGUUUGAUUUUCCUUAUUUCAUCACCUUCUGUUCCGACGAGUGAUUCCUUCAUCAGCCUGAAAUAUGAUGUACUUUAAUAGUCACGUUGUUUAUGGGCCGCAGAGUGUGUGGUAUUUCUUCACAUGAAAGCGAGAGGCGUUCCUGUCUCCUGGAUAAGGGGCAAUUAGCAGACAUCUUGGUGGCAAAUCAGGCUGUGAUGGAAGGCAGGAAGUUGAUCUUGUGCUUAAGCUGGUCUGUUACGAAACUGCCUUCAAGACUGAUACUCUGAAACAUAGUCAAGCUUGCACAUAUAACUUGAGGGAUCAGAGCAGCCUGGAUGUGACUGAGAAAUGCUGUACUUGGUGUCAGGCAUGAAAGUUCUCGUCCUCAGAAAGGAGACACAAUUACAAAAGUGGUUCAGAUAAUAGGAAGCUGGGAAUUGUAGCAUUUUUGAUGCAGAAAACCACCCUUUUGAUACUUAUCCUAGCCAUUGACAGAGAGAACCACUAACCUGUGCAAACAGCAUUGGAAAAGCAUAACAAAAGCUUUGUUCCUAUGUGAGAUAAUACUUCAGGCUUUCCCUACAGCAGAAUGUCUUCUCAACAGUGUGGUGCAUUCUAGCAGCACUGCAGGUGAUUAAGAGCUUUCAGAGAGAAUUAAUCAUCUUCAUAGACUUCAUCCUGCCCUCAUGCCGAACAGGUUUUGAAUGCAGUCUGAGUGCAAGAAGUAUGAAGAAGAGACGCCUUCUCUGCUCUGGGGGUUGGAUCCUGUAUUUUCUGCAUUUGCAAGACUCUAUAUUAAAGAUAUAAAAGAAAUGAGAGAAUCUAAACAAGUGCCAGGUAUAUUCUUUUAUAAUGGACGUCCAAUAAGACAGGUAGAUGUUGUUGGGAUAGUGGUUCAAACCAAAGAGCGAGAUGCCUUUUAUAAUUAUGGAGUGGAUGAUAGUACAGGUGUUAUAAAUUGUGUCUGCUGGAAAAAUCCCAUGGGAGCAGAAAGAUAUUUAUCAGCUUGUCCAGGUACACACAGUAGUGUUAAUGUGCAUGAGCAGUUGAAGAAACUCCAGGAAACGGUGAUCCAGAAAACCAAGCUGGAGAUUGGGGAUGUUGUCAGGAUCAGAGGUCACAUCCGAACCUACAGACAGCAAAGAGAAAUUCAGGCCUCAUCUUUUUAUAAAGUGGAUGAUCCUGUGUGUGAUGUUCAGAUUUCAAGAAUGCUGGAGCUCCCCUGUCUCUAUAGAGAAGUUUAUGAUAAACCUUUCCAAGGCCCAGAAGGGACACAGAGUGACCCAGGGUGUCUGGAUUUCUCAAAUAUGCUGUGCGAGAAAGUGAAAGACUUCUUACUGCAAAACAGAAUUCAAACCUUUUACCAACAGGAACUGGAAACAAUUGAUACUCUGGUGUCGCUGGCCCGUCAGCCUAUAUCCAGUCCCAGCUCUCAAGAGGUGGAUUCAAAAAGUGACCCGAGCUCCAAACGGAUUCACAGUGUUUUUAAGGAAGCAGUAAGAAUGCUACAAGAAAAGGGGGUGGUUUUCCAGAAACCCAGUAGCUCCAAGGACUUAUACCAUGUGACUGACUAUGAUAAGGAGCUUCUUAAAGUGACCCUUGAUGUGAUUAAGGAAGACUGUCAAAAACCCAGGCAUGCUGAAAAAGGCUGCCACUUCCUUCAUGUCCUGAGCUGUGUUCGGCAGAGCUACAACCUCAGUCUGGCUGAAGCGGUGAUGCACCGUGUCCUGGAACUGCUGGAGAGUAACAGUGAUGUUGUCAGCACUAUGGAAGGAUACUAUACGGCCUUUUAAAGAGGAAAGAUAAAAUACGUUAGCUCCUUGGCCGUUCAGGGUAAAGUAGGGAAGGAGUGGUUGAAACAGAACUCUGACAUUGAAACGCUGAUAUUACCUAAUAUGACCUAGAUGAAAAGAAUAGCAUCCUGAUUCUGCUGAGGCUAUUUUUGUCCAUCUGCUGAGAGUAGUUAUCCAAAUACUUUGUCUUAAAAUUCUUACAAAUUUUUAGGACUAGAAGAAGUCAGUAUCAAACUGAUUCUGCAUAUCUCAGUCCAGCAAGGGAGCUGGAAAAGAAGCAAGGCCUCUUUGCUUUAUGUAUGUUAUUCUCUGACUAGCAAUAAGGUGUGACAUAGCCCUCCCCACAUUUACAUCCAAUUAGCCCUGAAGAGAAGUCAGUAAUAAAGUGCUCUGUUUACAGCAGUGGUCACGUCAGGACUCGUCUUGCUGACUUAAAGACUGAUCUUGUGAUCUUUCCAUAUGGUAAUAUCUGUGGGUCUUUCCUUUAUGUACGCUUAAUAACAACUGAAGAACUACACGGAAGCAAUCAGAGGUUUGCCUGUCCUUUCUGGCAAUGUAGACAUACCAUAUAUGUAUGUAUGUUUUCCUGAAUGUGCACAACAAUCCUACUACUAUAGUAGCCCCCACCUUCUUCAGAAAAGUAAUAUUCAGUAAUACAUCCCUUCCCCAUCCUACAAUUCACCCACUACUGGUAACUCAUGUUUGGAUUCCCCUAGCUACAGUGUGCGCUACCGAUGCAUGUUGCUGUGAGUUGUGUUCACACCAGAAGUCUCACAAAUCAGCCAUUGUUUUGCUGUUUAUUUUUAAAUUGCUUCCUACAUCACAAAUGAUGAGCCAUAAAUCUGAUGCUAUGAAAAGAAAAUGCCAAAGUCAGCAAGACACACUGUAAUCUCAGUGUUCCCAGUUGUCUUUUGUGUCUUCUCCUUCAUUGUCACCUUUGGGAAAACAUAGCGCCUGGUGAAAGAACAUUGGCCUUAAAGAAGCUUACCAUGCAGGACAUGCAGGACUCAUCAGAACUCUGUUACGUGCCACAGUUCAAAGCCUGGAGCUGUUCAGUGUUUAUGCUUACAGGCCUCACUGCUGCCAGGUCUUGUCUAAGUAAUCUUUUUAAGUAAUGGUGGGAAGGUGAUACCUUUAACUUGAAAGUAGUGGAAAGGAUUGAAUGCAUCUUUCCUCUCUACUCUGCUCCUUCCCAGAACUGUUGAAAUAGCAGACUCCCAAGAGGGAGACCUAGUGGUAAAGGUCCUAUAAGGAUUGACAUAGCAGGUAAAAAUAAAUCAUACACACGAAGAAAGCAGUGAGUAGCCCCAUGUGUGCCAGGUCUCUGGUUUGGUGUUAUAUUGUAUGCCUCAUUCCAAGCCAUGGAUGCAGUGAGAUAUGGGCUAAGAAAAAGGCAUGACAAAGUUUUUGGCAUUUGCAUUCAGAAGCCUGUGGAAAACUCCAGCCUUAAAGAGAUGGUGCAUUUGUCCAUAGUGUAAAACUAUGUAUGAGUCAUUAUUUCACUUUAAUUUCUCUACUUGCUGCAGGGCUCAGGUUGGUUUCCCUCCAGACUGCCACUAUUUCUUGCAUUACUGGUGUGUUUGGGGCUAGGUACCAUCUAUUCUAUAGACAGAGGAGAUGGGGAUUAAAAAAAGCAUUGUAGAAGACUUUCUUUUUUAUGAAUGUCUCCGGAAAGCAGAGAAAUAAGCCCAUGUUCUGAGUGGGGAGGGAACUAUAAAUUACGCCUACAAAAAGGUCUGGCUGGUCAUACUGCCACAAGGGACAUGUCCUUUCAGAUUUCUGCUCUGAUACUGAUCAAUUUGAAGUGAUGCUUUAAAACAAAGGUUGCCCAUGGGAGAAGUUUGGGAUAUCGAUUCUCAUUUUAAGGUUCAGACUCAUUCCAGGAGUUAACCAUGUGUUACCACUUGGUUAUGGACAAGGGGCCUACAUGAUAUAAGUUUGGGGGUAGUCCAAAGGGAAAGCACGAGAUGUCUUGGACAAUAGGGAUGAGCAUGACAUUUACUAAUAACUGACUAUGUCUAACUUAACAUACUGACCUAGCUGGUUUUUUUGAAAGGUCCUGCUCUGUUAGCAGAAGUUGGUUUUACAGGAAAGGGUUAAAUGAAUACUGCCAGCUCCCUGAGAAAGGUGAUCUCCUUCUCUCUUAGCUUAGAAGAGAGGAAGGCCCUGGUUCUCCUGGGGGUAGCAGCCAAGUGUGUGGGCUGGAUGAGUUUUUGGGAGGAGCUCUGUGCAGCUGAGUCUUGGAGGGAAAGAUAACCUUGAGACUGCAUUGCUCUUUGGGGUCUCUUUAAAAUAAAUGAUUACAAAAAUCGUACAAAAAUAGGUUUACAUCUUGGUCCCUUGCAGAUCAUAGUUACGUAUGCAGCCUCUGAUGUGUUCCAUUGCCUCCAACUUAGACUCUGCACUUUCUGCUUUUUAGAUCUGCGUGUAAAAUGUGUCUAAAACUCCUGGCUACCUUUUUUCUAAGCACUAGAUGUUGGUGCAAAGAUGCAAUGCGUGCUUGUGUCUCUGUAAUAGUUCCCUGCUUCUGUUGCAGUUUCAAAGUCCCAAUCAACCGAAAAGCCCCAGAGAGGAGGUGAGAGUCUCAGGAAAGACAAAUAAAUUACCCUGAGAAGAACCUGUCCUUGAAAGUUAUUUAAGCUGGUCCAUGCUGGCAAUGCGAGGGUCAUGUGAUGAAAGAUGUGUCCUGUUGGAGAUUGUUUCCCAGGAGCAUGAAAAGAUUUUUCUCAUUUGGAUUACCUUAGAGAAACAAUAUUAAUGAAUACAAGAGAACCUAGGGUUUUUAUGUACAUGAAAGGUUAAAAUAAGAUUAAUGAAGGAGCCUAGUUUCGAGCUACGUUAAUUCUAAUUCUGAGUAACAGUAUGGAAUAGUUUUGUCUGAAAUGUGCAUACUUUGCUUUUUCCACAGCAGUCGCCCAGCACAGACUAACACUUACUCUGGUCUAGUGCGUUCCCCUUCUUGUACCUAAAGGGAAUACUGCAUGCAUAUGCCUGCACAGAAGUACCCUAGCUAGCUGUGAGAGCACAGAGCACAGUGAGUAGUUUGAUUUACUCAUUUACUCAGUAUCUCUACAGUAUGCUUCUGUGACAGCAGUCUAGACAUACCCAUGUUGGUAUAAGUCACCUUUAUGUAAGUCUAACUACACACACUGGGGCUUUUACUGCUAAUAAACUGUCUCUCUGUUUAAAGAUCAUAUCCUUAACCAAAAGAGUCAUAUCAUGCACACUGUUAAAAUUCUCAGACUGAGACCACACCUACAAAAUAUUGUGUGGAGCAUUUAGUGAAAGCAUGCAUUCUAGUUUUGUUUAAUUUAAAAACUUAGAGUACCACAACACAAUCAUUACUGAUUUAUAAAAUGACUUUGAAGGUGGCACUUUAAUGUAAAAUUGACAAGUGAGAAUUCAUGUUGUUGAACUGCUGUAUGGUCAGUUUUGGUUUCCAUAGAAACAGUUAUGGCAGUAAAAGGCAAGUAAGGUAAGUAAAUGGAGUUUUUAAAGCAGUCACCAUUUUUACGUUAUCUUGAAAAGGUCUGUUUCCAUAGAAAUGUAGUGCUUGAGAAUAAAAAUUACUAAGGGAUCAUAAUAUUCUGUUUUAGCAAAAUGUUUAGCAAGGUGUUUGCUUUUCUGGAAAGGAAACGAAAGGAAGAACAACUCUACCCUAAGUCCCUCUGGCUCUGCUCAAGUGGGAGAAGAGAGGAGGCUGCUUCACACCUCAGUUACCCACUUUUGUAAAUCGAGGAUAAUGUAGUUCCUUAUGCGGUGUAACUGCCAAUUUUUGUUAAGAUUUAUCAUUAAAGGCUCUUGAGAACUA